UGGCGCCGGCGCGCCAGCUGAUCAUUAUUCGUUCAUUCAUUUCUGAGGUGGAACUCUGAAGCCUUCAAUUGACAGAAUGACUAACGUUAGACGCAGUGGUCGCAUCACAUUACAAGCAAGAGAUGAGAACGCACCGGAACAGAAUGUAAAGAUCACACAAAAAAGAAAAUCUGAGCCAUCAAAAAAGAUGCCCGCAGUGAAGAAACAAAGCUAUGAAAUACAGAAACGGUGGUCAGAAGAAGGGGCAAGUCCAUGUGUACUUGUAGAAACGCCACACAAGGAGCUGGUGAUGACCAGAGACAUUUCUGGCUUCAAGCAGUUCCGAUUCAAGAACAUCUUCAUCAAGACCUCACCGCUGCCCUGCCUCAGCUGGGCCAGCUCAGAUGACGUGUGGAUUAAGAUGCUGAACAAGGAGCUGAAGUAUGUCCAUGACAAGGCCUUCCUACAGCAGCACCCCAAACUAAAGCCCAAGAUGAGGGCCAUUCUCCUGGACUGGCUGCUAGAGGUGAGUGAGGUGUACACUCUGCAUCGAGAGACUGCUUAUCUGGCUCAGGACUUCUUUGACCGCUUCAUGCUGACACAGGAUGAUAUGGUGAAGGACCGACUGCAGCUCAUAGGAAUCACAGCCCUCUUCAUCGCAUCUAAGAUAGAGGAAAUCUACCCUCCAAAGCUCCAUGAGUUUGCCUACGUUACUGACGGAGCCUGUGAGGAAGAAGCGAUCCUGGAGAUGGAACUUGUCAUGUUGAAGGCGUUGAACUGGAACCUGUGUCCAGAGACGGUGAUCACGUGGCUGAAGCUCUAUGCGCAGGUGGAAUCCCUAAAGGAUGGCGUCAACUUCCUUGUACCUCAGUUCUCUCAGGACACCUACAUCCAGAUCACACAGCUUUUAGACCUGGCCAUACUGGACAUCAACUCCCUGGACUACCAGUAUGGGAUACUGUCUGCUGCUGCCUUCUGCCAUUUUCUCUCAUUUGAUGUUGUCCACAAAGUAUCAGGUCUGACGUGGGAUAGUAUUGCUCCCUGUGUCCGGUGGAUGACCCCCUUCAUGCGCACGGUCAGCGCCUGUCCCAGAGCAGAGCUCAAGGACUUUAAUAAAGUGACGUCUGAUGACAGACACAACAUCCAGACCCACGUAGACUACCUGUCCAUGCUGAGUGAUGCUCACCAGAGGCAACCGGACAGCAAAGACAGACUAUCACCUGCUGCCAUAGGAGGGAUAUUGACUCCACCAAAAAGCACAGAGAAACCAGCCAAUCACUGAGCCCCAGGGUCUCCUCGUGUUGAUCUUCUGACCAACCAGAUGAAGGGAGAAUUCCCUAGAUCUCACGCCUGACCAGCCAGAGGCCGGGAAACCUAACUUCGGAACCUCAUCCUCACGUGACCAAUCAAAUUUGCUUUUGGUCAUAACUCACCUCUGUAUAGCAUGUUAAGAUAUUUAACUUUCUAUACCAUGCUGGAUAUCAGAGAAUAUAUGCAGUACAACCAUGGAAAUCAACUCAUGGUUACUAUAGACUUAUUUUGUCAAAUGAUUACAACAAAGACCAUGUUCUCGUAGUCUUAAUCCCCAGAAUUAGAAUUUUACGUGGAAAUCGUUUGAGGGGACUCAAGUCAAAUCUUCCUCCAUAGUAAAGCAAGUCUGCUGCUCUCCCUCUGUUACUUGAAGCUGAGUAUUUCAACAAAUGAGAUGUUUUGAUAGUUAAAAAGCUAAUUAUUUUAGGUGAAUUGGUACAUGAUACUCACAGUUGAGUUGCUUAACUCAGUCUCUUAACAUUGUUAUCAUAUGUAUCUGGUGCUGAAUAGUCUAAAUCUGGAUACUCCUGGACAUGCUAAGCCAUACAAUAACACUGAAAGCAGUCUUGAUGUUUGCUAUGGUGACAUUUCAGCUGUUUGAAAGGGUAGUGCAGGGUUAACUGUUUGCUAUAUGACCUUCUUAAACACUGUUUUUGAAGUUGCGUAUUUUCACCAUACUGUGAACGACUCAUUGUGCAUUCUCACGCCACAACACAUUCCUGGAAAACUUGACUUCAGUAGUUUGAUUUAGACCCUUUGGACCGACUUACAACUGUAUGUAAUUUUAACAUUGUAUUUAUUUGUUAAUAUAAGCCUUACAAUGUUUUUAUGUCCAUAUACAUCCAUAGGGCUAUGAAUUCAGGGCUUUAACAAUGCCAAAGGCAAACUAUUUAAGUCACGGGAUGCAUGUUAUUUAUGAUUUUGAUAUCUGUGAUUGGGGGGAUAACCCGGUAUAAUGCAGUUACAUAUGAAAUGUUGUAGUUUUGCGCUAGCCUCUCCGUGGUGCCUUAGUUCAACUAGUAUGACGAUGGUGUGAUGUAAAGACUUGAGAACCCAGAGGCUCCAGUGGAUGGCUCUAACCCAGUCUGUCCAGCAAACCUGUGACUGGCAACUGAAACCUUCAGUGUUGUGCCGAUGCAGCAGUAUACAAAGAACCAUGUUUAAACUGUAAAUAAAUUAAAUAGUAAUGUGUAUAUGGUAUGUACAUAAACUGAAAGUUCUGUUUUCUAAUGGAAAUGUAUUGAAUAAAUGAAAUAGAAAUG